AUGGAUCCCGACGAGUUCUUCGAGCUGUUCACCGCCCUGCUGCGGCGGAACGCCUUCAGCCGCCCAGCGACGCUCAGCAGGGAGUUCUUCGUCAACAAGAUCUCCCGCGACAUCUGGGGCGACUACGAGAAGAUGAGGCAGCUGGGCGCCGGCACCUUCGGCACGGCCCACCUGGCCCGCAGGAGGGACACCCGGGAGGAGCGGGUCGUGAAGGUCGUGGCGAAGGCCCGGACGUCGAAGCCGCUGGACGAGAUAGAGCAGGAGAUCCUGGUCCUUCGGCAGGUUGACCACCCGCACGUCGUCCGCUUGUUCGAGUGGUACGAGGACACCAGCAGCAUCUACCUCGUGAUCGAGGCCCUGAAGGGGGGCACGCUGCAGAACGUGUUGUUAAUGAUGCAGCAGAAGAAGAAGGCCCUCCAAGAGGGCUGGAUCCAGAAGGUUGUUGGCCAGGUCGCGGACGCGAUGACCUAUUGCCACAGUUUGCGGCUGAUCCACAAAGACCUGAAGGACGAGAACGUGAUGCUGUUGCGCAAGGACCCGAACUUCGAUGAGCCGUUCGCAGUGGUCAUCGACCUGGGCGUCGCGGAAAUGUUCUCCGUGGCCGACCCCACCUGUCGGGAGAUCGCCGGCACGCCGAGCACGAUGGCCCCCGAGGUCUGGUCCGGCAAGUUCGGGCCCAAGUGCGACGUGUGGUCUCUGGGCUGCAUCUUCUUCGAGCUGCUGUCGGGGAGCCUGCCCUUCUCGGCCAACACGAUUCAGCCGGGCCCGUGGCUGAAGCUGGCCGAGCGUGGCCCGAACUGGAACCUGGUCAAGACCAGCCCCCAGAGCAGGAUGCUGUGCAAGGCGAUGCUCUCCUUCGCAGAGAAAGACAGGCCCACCAUGAAGAAGGUGGCCCAGAAUGCGUAUCCCGCCCUGCAGACGAAGCUGAAGCUGGUGCCGCCCGAGCAGUUCACGCCGCUCACGACCUUCUGCUCGCAGCAGAAGGCGAAGAGGUCGUUGCUGCUGGAGCUGGCCUCCAGGCUGCCCAUGAGCAGGUCCCAGGACAUCAUAGAGAUGUUCGAGGGCCUCGACGUGGACCGGUCCGGCGAGAUCGAGGAGGCAGAGCUCGAGGAGAUGUUCCUGAAGAUGGGCGUCGAGGACAAGGACCUGAUCCACAGGACGUUCGAGGCGCUCGACUGCAACAACGACGGGUCUCUGUCCUUCAGCGAGUUCGCCGCAGGCGCGCUGCUGCUCUUCAAGGACAUGCUCGAGGAGAGCUUCCGGGCCAUGUUCGUCGGCCACGACCUGGACGGGAACGGCAAGCUCGAGCCUGCAGAGGCCCGUGAGUUCCUCCAGGGCGUCGCCGCGGCCAUGAACCCGAGCGGCGACGACCCCGCUCUGGUGGAGGUCCUGCUCGCCGAGGUGAUGGCCGCCGGCGACGGCUCGAAGGUGACGUACGAGCAGCUCCGCGACGUGGUACUCGGGGGCGCGCUGGCGGCCACACCAGUGGCACCCUGA